UGGAAAUGAAUAUGGGAAAGUUGUGAGAGGAAGCCGUUGGCGGCAGCAGCUCUGAGAUCAGCUGACGACCAGCUGAUCAGAUCAGCUGACGCACUGGCAGCUGUGAGCCUCCUCAUAUGAUAGGAAGCGUAUUUUUGAAACCGGGAAGUCCCUGUGAUUGCUUGACAUUUCCGGUUAUUUGUCAUGUUGCUUUGCACUAUUUGAUUUGGGAAUUUUCCCAUUAAAGUGACUAGUGAAUCCUGUACCAGCACAAUGAAUGUGAGGAAGGUGGAACGGACAGUUCUCAGCGUGGAACAGUCGGAGGGAGUUGGCGCUCAUGUCCGGAGGAGCAUCGGUAGAAAGGAGCUGAGAAACCUCGAUCCUUUCCUGAUGCUGGAUGAGUUCAGAGUGAGCAAGCCGGCAGGUUUUCCAGACCAUCCUCACAGAGGAUUUGAGACCGUAACCUAUGUUUUAGAGGGGAUCAUAGCCCAUGAAGACUUCUGUGGACAUUCGGGGCGACUGGAAGCUGGAGAUCUGCAAUGGAUGACUGCAGGACAGGGGGUGGUCCAUGCUGAGAUGCCUGUGUCAGAGGAGCCCGUGGUGGGUUUACAGCUGUGGGUGAACCUGCCAAGUCGAGACAAGAUGGUGGAACCGGCGUACCAGGAGCUUAAAGGCUCAGAGAUCCCCAAACCCAGCCAGGGAGGAGUUACAGUCGCUGUGAUAUCUGGAGAAGCUUCAGGAGUAAAGUCUAAGGUCUACACAAGGACACCGACCUUGUACCUGGACUUCAUACUGCAGACUGGUGCCCUGCAUGUGCAGCCAGUGCCCUCAGGAUGGACUACAUUCAUCUACACACUAUCAGGAUCUGUUCAUGUCGGCCCAGAUGAAGAGCAGCAGAAGGUGGAGCCCCAUCACACCGUAGUGUUUGGAGACGGAGACUGCGUCAAAGCAGAAAAUAAGGGCUCUGAAGAUUCCCAUUUUGUGCUGAUCGCUGGAGAACCAAUCAAAGAGCCUGUGGUACAACAGGGUCCAUUUGUAAUGACCACAGAGGAGGAGAUCAAACAGGCCGUCAGUGACUUCAAGACUGCCAAAAAUGGCUUUGAAAGGGCCAAAAACUGGAGGUCCAAGAUCAGAGACUCUUUCUGAACACUUUGCACUCUUGUCCCUGGUGAAAAUGUUUUUCUUACUUGUUUGCUGCUACAGAAGCAUAUUUAUAUUGUAUUUAUUUAGCCUCUACUUUAACUUGUUGCAUGUCCAAAUGCUUCAUGCCUGUUUGCACAGUAGUAGGACAAAUGUGCUUCUAACUGCUCUCCACCCACCUUGUUAAAUCUAACCUGUAUUCAAUUUUCCUUCUGCUGUUUGAAAUAACACAGUAGCACAGCAGUUAUGAAAUUCUUGCUCACAUUGUUGUUAUGAGGAUAAAUUAAUAUACUCUUAAAGGGUGGGUGUGUAGCAUUUAAGAGGAUCUAUUGGCAGAAAACUAUUAUACAUUAAACAACCUACUUAUUGAUAAGAAUUGUUGUUUUUCAUUACCUUAGACUGAGCCGUUUAUAUCGACAUACUUCACGGUCCGUGUUGAACUGCCAGGUUUCUACAGUAGCCCAGAACAGACGAACCAAACACUGGCUCAAGAUAGGCCCAUUUGUUUUCGUGUCAGCCUCCAUAGUUCUUCUUACUCGCUUUGCACACGGGAGAAGUUUCAGCUUUUCCGCUAGAUGUCCCCAAAUCCAACUCAUAAGUAUGAAGAUUUUACCAUAGACUGUAAAUAGGAAGUAAAUAUAGUCACCGUGAUGUCACCCAUUGGUUUGUGGACUGACGUUUUGAAGCUUAGAGUUCGACAUUUUGACUGUUGCAAUCAUGUUUUGUUUUUUUUCGCGACCAGAAGGGACAUGAGAGGUUGGAGCUAAAUGCAAUUGAACGCUGAAUGACACAUUUUCCGGCAACCAAAAUGUUGCAUUUAACUUUCAUGAAGUAAAAACAAUCUGUGAAAGAGUUAAAGUUGUAAGAUCAAAACACGGACAACUCCCAGACCGGAUAACGCCCAGGUUGCAACCUGGCAAUGACAAGAUCCUAAAGCCACAUCCUAAAGCAUAUCCUUCUUUAUGGUCCAUUUCACUCUAAAUGGGACCACAAUUUACUCAAACAUUAUGCUGUAUGAAGAAGACUUAAAACUAGCGAUUGAGACCAUAAACUCAUAUUUACAGUGUUUACUGAGGGAAUAAAUCGGGUGGGAAGUAGGCAUUUCCCCAUAGACUUCUAUACAAUCAGACGUGCUUUUUACAACCAUAGGUGUCGCUUCAUAAUGGCCAUUAGAAAGAAUGCAGGUUUACAGGG